AUGGAUAGGGGGACACCGGAGCACAGGUAUGCUUGCUUACCGGCUUAUUCAUACAUGGUUGAAAAUCUAAAUUCAAGUUACAGAAUUUGCAUUUGUCUUGAUGAUGCGGACAGGCUCAAAUAUUACUUCGUAGCUUAUGGAGCUUGCAUUCGAGGAUAUAAACACAUGCGAAAGGUUAUUGUCGUUGACAGCACACAUUUAUACGACAAGUAUGAGGAUGUUUUGUUGUCCGCCGUCGCACUGGAUACUGAGAACCAUAUCCAUCCAAUUGCUUUUUGUGUGGUGGAAAGGGAGUGUGAUGAAUCUUGGACCUACUUCUUCGAGAAGCUGAGCUAUAUAAUCAUUGAUGAACCAGACUUGUGCAUCAUCUUUGAUUGGCACAGGAGCAUAGCCAAUGCAAAGGCAUAUGGUUACCAGGAGUUCAAUGAACAAUUUCAGCAAUUAAGGGAUAAAUGCAUCGAAGCAGCUAAUUGCCUCGAGUUUGAUAUUAGAUUUGACAAGUGGCGCAAGGCAUAUUUUCCAGCAAAUAGGUACGAUGUGCUGACCACAAACAUUGCUGAGUCGCUAAACUCAAUGUUGAGGGAUGAAAGAGAGUACCCUAUUACUGGCUUAUUCACUUCCAUUUCUAGGAGGUUUACUCAAAUUUUCAGGCAGAGACGUGCAUAUAUCAGCUGUUCAAUCAAUUUAUUUGUGCCUUCAGCUGAAAAGACGCUAAGGAAAAAGAUGAAUGAGGGCGACUCCUUGUGUAUCCAUAAUAUAAACAGGGAUGCCAACGAGUUCACCAUAGUCGGCAGUGGCCUAACUACUAAAGUCAAUCUACUGAACAAAACAUGUACUUGUAGAGAGUAUGACUUGGUGAAAUUACCGUGCGCUCGUGCGAUGGCAUCCUUGAGAUUGAAGUACGGACCUGAUUAUGGUUCAAGCAUCUACGAGUAUUCCUCGCCCAUGUAUAAAGUUCAGUCUUACGUUCUUGCGUUUGGUGAAACUACUAAUGUAGUCCCUCCAGCGUCAGAAUUGAAAGUCUUAGAGAAGUACGCAAAAAUGUAUAUUCCUCCACCCACUUACGACCCCAAACUUGGAAGGAAGAGAGUGAAGCGUAUUCCUGGCAUCGCGGAAUCUUUCAAGUCCAAUGGAAGUAGCAAAGGGAAGAGAAACAAGUGCUCGAUUUGCAAUGGGGAUGGUCACAAGAAAACAACUUGUCGAUAUUUGAGAGAGCAUCCCACUUAA